AUGAGCCAUUCCUCCGGACUCGCAGCCAUAAAUGGCGCUGUGGGCUCGAAGAAGGCACACGCCAACAUCACAAAUCGCUUGGUAUCUCUCCUCAUGAUGGACCGUCCUUUCAGCCGGUUAUAUGGCGCCGCCAAGAAUUUGCCUCUUUUGCCCUAUGCAGUUUUCGACUGGGACUAUCACAUGCGAGAGCUGGGCACCGAUUUUUUGUCUGUCCUGAAUGAGCACAAGGACUUCUUUCGCAGAGUUUCAGAGGCGAGGAAUAGGUGGUGGACUUGGUAUCACUUAGAGUAUCCUGGCCAGAAGCCACUCAAACAUGUACCUCUACUUCACGUGGCUUGCGUUACUGGCCUUUUCCACCUGCUGGAGUAUGCUCUUAUGAAGAGGAAUACGCUACUUGGGCUGCUUCGAUCAAGAGAGGUGAAUCGGGUCUGGGGCUAUGGCCAAGAAACACCACUCCACCUUGCGGUGAAGCAAGGGCAGGAUGGAAUGGUUCACUUACUACUGAAGUACGGAGCAGACGUAUCCAUUAAGAAUGCCCGUGGCAGGACGGCUCUCGAUAGUGCUGCGUUCCUCGGACCGUACUCCAUCUUUCUUCUCCUGACAGCGUCAAGAACCAGUCGAGAGACUAUCGAGGCCGAUGUCAAGUCUUCGAUUUCUGAUUAUCAUCGGGAAACUCUUCUACAUACAGCCGCUAGAGGAGGCCAUCAAGAAAUUUGUCGAGAAUUGGUUGAAAAAUGGCACUACGACAUCGAGACCAAGGACGAGGAUGGCUUCAUGCCGUUGCUGGUGGCCCUUCGAUGCCAGCAUUUAACCCUGGCCAGCUUUCCCGUGAAGCAUCUCGGGGCCAAGACAACGCCGCGCAUCAAGAUUCUCGAAUCUGCUUUCAAUCCGGCAGAGGGGUUUACGACCAGCGAGGCUCUCGAGUCUCUUUCUUCGAACCUGUGUGUCGACAUCAACGCGACAGACGAGGACGACAAUGCCCUUUUCCACCAGCCAUAUUCUUCCGCGCUCUUCAUGAUCGAGGAAUGCAUCGCUGCUGGAUUCGACUUUAACAAACGUAAUCAAAAAGGAGAGACGGUCCUUCAUCGCAACUUUUGGCUGUCGGCGACCAACGGGCGCUUGUGCCUGGUGUUGAAGGAGUCACAUCUCGACACCAACGCUCGAGACAAUCAGGGCCGAACACCGCUUCAUUCCUUGGCCGCCAUUGCUGGAUAUCCCGACCAAAUACCUUGGAAUUUGGCCCUUAGCAACUUGGUUGUGCUGCUUGACUUUGGCGCUGAUCGAAGCCUGAUGGACGCCCACGGGAGAACACCAUCUGAGCUUGCUGCCGAGUACCUCAAACAAGGGUCGGAUGAGAUCUACAUAGAGGAGGGAAUUGACUCCCCUGAUGAGAUUGACGAGAUGCCGUACACCAUGUCGAUGAUUGUCGAGCUAUUGUCGAGGUAUGCGACUGCGCCGGUGGAUGUGCGGGUGGUAGAUCAUUUAGGCGAGGAUAUGGGAAAUGGCGAUCAACCUGCUGCGACGUGA